UGCCUCACUGACUGUAUAUGUUCACUGAAGUCACAUGACCUACUAUGUCAACAUUGUUUCGUCACCUGGAGGAUGUCACUCGGCAGCAGACUUCCUUGUUGGCGCGGAGCUUAAAACUGAUUUGAAAUGGAAAGAUUCUUUCAAAGACUUAAAUUCCUGAUUGAAGACACCUCUGAUUUCAUCAAGGAGUGUGCUCCAUCUGAGUUCCACCCAUUUAUCAACACCUGCGUCCUAGACUCUCUCCUAGCUGCCUUCCAUACAGCUUAUAUCGUCUUUCCAAAUAUAGCAGAGCUUUUACACAGAAAUGACUUUUUCAGAGAAGUUAUUUCUUUGUUAAACCAAAAAAUGUAUAUAGAGGCUCGGAUUCUCUGUGUAAGUGAGUUGAAUCAUGAAAAAAGUGACCUUUUUGGCAACGUUAAAGAUUAUUUUCCACUGAUUGAUAAACUGGUGUGGCCAAAAAGCUCUCCAAACGAUUGUGAAAUAAUCAGGAAACUUAAUUGUUUUGGAAAUGUAUUUAUUCUGGGCGACCCGUCUGAUCCACCAUUAAUUCUGAUUCAUCGUCACGUUCCCAAUGUUCCGAGUAUUGCACUGCCACCCCACUUUGAUGAUGUAGAGAAGAAAAGGAUUUUUGCCAGUUUCUUUUUACUGAUUGGGAAAGAUAAGCACAUGACUAUGUGCUUCCAGUCCUCCGAAAGCACGUGGCAUUUAUAUGACAAUGAUCCAAAAAAGCCUUCAUUUCAACCUUUUGACCCUGACGAUUUUAAAAACUACAUGAUUUGUUUGGUGGGAUACGUCAACAUAACCCAAUUAGAAGAAUAUAAAGGUAUUCCCGAGACUGGAGAAGGAGCAGGUUUAUCAAAUCAGCAUGUUUGUCCAUCUCAACACUUCUACCAACAACAGUCGGUGGCAGACGUAGAAAUGGAAGAUCUAAGCUACUCUGUAUCUAUUCCUGAGACCGGGGAAGGAGUGGGACCAAGGCUGUUCAAUCAAAGCCGUCAAGAUGUUUACCCGAAUUUCAGCAACCAGAGUCAGCUAGUGGAAGAUGUAGAAAUGCUAUCCUGCAGCAGCUCUGAUUCAGAUUAACCCGUUUGAUAACACUUUUUAAUGUCACUCCACGAUGUGUUGAAAUUUUACUGAAAAAUUUACUUAUUUUCAUAAAUCUAAUCUAAAUCUAAUCUACUUUAAUCAUUAAAUCAAAAGAUCAUUAUUAAUUCCUAAAUGUAGUUAAGCCAAAUCAAAUCUAAUCCAUAAUCCAGAGGUCAUUUUCAUUAUAAUCUUUACUUACUUUGAUUUACAUAUAUUAAUAUCACUGAUCUUAAUCUGUGUUUAAGCAAUAUCAUUAUGGUAAUAGGGUAUUGUAAGUUUGCAAAUGAGUCAAAACAAUCAUGAGACAAAUAAGCAAUAGGAGAAGUAAGGAUGUCGGUAUAAAUAGAGGGGAUUUUUGUACAGGGGGUGCACUUGACCACAUCAGGCCUGUGCUGUGUAUUUGAUUACCAUUUUGGUGUAAUUUUUGUAAAGGAUUGUCUUGAUAACAAUAAAACUGGUUGCUUCUUCUCAACCAAGCCUGAAGAAAUUUCUAUUUUAUUUGUAUAGAUUCAGUGAAGUUUGUAAGUGUUUAGCAGUAAUAGGUAAUUGGAGAAGACUUCACAACCACCCUGUAGUGUGUCCAUUCAGAGGGGGACUGAGUUUCAACAGAUGUAGAAAUAUCUAUGAUCACAAGCAUAACUAAUACUAAUCUCUUUCUCUUUUUUGUUGAUUUACACAGGUUACACAAGCUUUUAGUUUUUUGAUGGCAUCUUCUCUUUGAAUGUGACUUCUGUUUAAUUCUUCUGCUAUAGGGGAUGGCUCUACAUGGACAGCCUGGAGACCCAUGGAGAUCCUUUCGCUUUACUGCUGUUGUAGCGGCCGGUUUUGCGCUCAGGUCCCUGGGACUGCUAUGGAUAGUACCACUUGGAUCCUAUGGCUUUACUGCUGUUAUAUAAAUCUAUAAUGAAUUCAGAAAUUAUUGAUUUAUAAACCCCAAAUGAGGAUGGGUUCCCUUUUGAGUCUGGUUCCUCUCAAGGUUUCUUCCUCAUAUCAUCUCAGGGAGUUUUUCCUUGCCACUGUCGCUGCCGGCUUGCUCAAUAGGGAUAGAUUUCGAGAUUAAUUUAAUUGUAAAACGCUUCAUAAUUUACUUCACUUGUACUGUUCAUAUAUUUUAAUUCAAUAAACCUUUGCU